AUGGACAAUGCGCACUCGCUCGAGAAAGGGGACGACUUCGACCCGAAGGAGCAGGGGACCGUGACCAAGCAGCUGCAGUUGAGCCGUGAGCUGAAGAAUCGACAUGUUGCCAUGAUCAGUAUUGGAGGCGUCCUUGGAACUGGUCUGUUCCUUGGUAGCGCAACGGCCUUGCGGGAUGCUGGCCCGGUCGGCGCCCUUCUUGGUUACAUUUUCACUGGUACCAUUGUCUACUGCGUCAUGAUCUCGGUAGGAGAGAUGAUAACGCUUCUUCCCAUUGCUGGUGGGCCUGUCAACCUCGCAGAACGCUUUGUGGACCCUGCACUGGGCUUUGCGUAUGGGUGGUGCUGGAUGUAUACUUGGACGCUCGCGCUGCCCGCCGAAUUGUCUGCGGCUGCAACGCUGAUUGACUUCUGGCAUCCUGGCGUGAACAAUGCCGUAUGGAUCACCGUGUGCCUCGCCGUGGCAAUCGCAAUUAACAUGAGCGGCGUCGGCGUGUACGGCGAGAGCGAGUUCAUCUUCUCGUCCAUCAAGGUCAUCACCAUCGUCGUCCUCAUUAUCCUCGGCAUUGUACUCGACCUCGGUGGUGGACCGACGCACGACCGCAUAGGUUUCCGGUACUGGAAGAACCCUGGGCCGUUCGUGCAGUACAACGGCAUCCAGGGCAACACGGGACGCUUCAUCGGCUGGUCACGCGUCUGCAUUCAGGCCGCGUACUCAUACGCUGGCACUGAAUCGGUCUCGAUGGCUGCAGCGGAAACAAAGAACCCACGUCGUAACUUGCCCAAGGCGAUUCAACGGGUGUACUUCCGUAUCUUGGUUUUCUACAUCGGCGGCGUCACCAUCAUGGGCUUGCUCGUCCCAUUUGAUAACCCGGGUCUGAACUUGAGCGCCUCUAACGCGUCCGCCUCUCCUUUCGUCAUUGCUAUCAACAAUGCAGGUAUUAAAGGACUGACAUCUGUCAUCAACGCCGCUCUCCUCACAGCUGCCUGGUCAGCCGCAUCUAGCGAUCUCUACCUCUCCUCUCGUGGUCUCUAUGGCAUGGCCACCGCCGGCAACGCGCCCAAGGUUUUCGCGCGUACCAUCCGCGGCGGCUUCCCGUACGUCGCGGUGUCGUUCUGCGCGUGCUUCGCGCUCCUCGCGUAUAUGAGCGUCAGCUCCGCGUCCGGCGAAGUCUUCACCUGGCUCUCCUCGUUCACGGGCACUGCCAACACGUGGAGCUGGUGCGCGAUCGGCAUCACGUAUCUGAGGUUCAGGAAGGGGUUCCGGGCACAGGGUAUCGACGAGAGCAAGCUUGUGUAUCGCAGCAAGCUGCAGCCGUAUGCAGGGUGGUGGGUUGUUAUUGGGACGGGACUGUGUUUGUUUGUGCGUUUUUUCAGCGGUUACCAGGUCUUCCUCCGUGAUAGCUGGGAUACGCCCACGUUUAUCACCACUUACUUGCCUGUCGUUGCGCUCCCCAUCCUGUGGAUUGGGUGUAAACUCAUUCGGAAAACCAAGUUCAUCCACGCGAUGGACAUGGACUUUGUCAGCGGCUUGGCCGAGAUUGACGCUCUCGACGUUGAAGAACCACCUCCGAAGAACUGGGUCGAGAGGUUGUGGGCGUGGCUCGUGAGUAUACCCUUCAUCUGGGCUUGA